UAAUUGAAAUGGCGCAUUUGGCUGCGGGCGGACUGUGAGGGCGCGUGGUGAAUGAUGUCCAGACGUCAUUUGCUUUUAAUGGCCUGCAGGAAAUUUGCCAUUACAAUUCCCACAGACAUUAGAGCACAGAGAGGAGUGACGGGGAAAGCGUCGCAUGCAUGAGAUCCAGAUCCAGAUUUUCUCUUUGUAAAAAGAAAACGCGUCUUUUAUCGCCACUCUAUCAACAAGUUCCAGUGCGCCUCCCGCUCCAGCGAAGAGAGACUUUUACUCGUUCAGGGAAGGAAAAUGUGUUUCCUUUGUGAAAGAGCCUGGGGGAAUAUUACAUCAGACGAAAUGACAAUGAUUAAAAUCAACCUCUCUGCCUCUCCAAAGUCUCAGGAACUGCGUGGUGACACUUGCCUGAUGCGUAAACCGUUAUACGCUGAACUUUAAACCCUCACCAGCUAUUUUUACUUUGCGAAAGAGCUAAGCGAGGCUAAAUAAAUAUCGGGUUUGCAUCUGUUCCAAUGAGUCUGCUCGGGUUUGAGUUAAUUGUCCUCUAAUCCCGUGGCCCCAGAGGCGUUUGCGCAGCCUGGAGCCAGAAUUCUUCUCUUGGCUCUGCUCUGAUUUGGAGACGGAUUAUUGGCUUCCUUCUGCCCAUAAGCACAGCAGCAGAUUCACCGUGGCCAAGAAAGACAGUGGAGAGGCUGAUAUACGCGACAGAAUCAGAGUAUUAAGAAAUAAGAAGAUCAAGAGGGGGAAGGAGAGCUCUGGUCUCUUGGAGAAGGAAGGGAGAAGCAUGUCACGCCUGUCUCUGACCCGGUCUCCGGUGUCUCCUCUGGCCGCGCAGGGGAUUCCACUGCCGGCUCAGCUCACCAAAUCCAACGCACCCGUUCACAUCGAUGUGGGUGGCCACAUGUACACCAGCAGCCUGGCGACCCUCACCAAAUACCCAGACUCACGGAUCAGCAGGCUGUUUAACGGAACCGAGCCCAUCGUUCUGGACAGUUUAAAGCAGCAUUACUUCAUCGAUAGGGACGGAGAAAUAUUCCGCUUCAUUCUCAGUUUCCUGCGAACCUGCAAACUGUUGCUGCCGGAUGACUUUAAGGACUUCAGUCUCCUGUACGAGGAGGCGCGUUAUUACCAGCUGACCCCGAUGAUUAAAGAGCUGGAGCGGUGGAAGCAGGAGCGCGAGCAGAGGCGUCUGGCACAGCCCUGCGACUGCCUGGUGGUCCGCGUGACCCCUGACCUCGGCGAGCGGAUCGCCCUCAGCGGGGAGAAGGUGCUCAUCGAGGAGAUCUUCCCUGAGACUGGAGACGUCAUGUGUAACUCGGUCAACGCUGGCUGGAACCAGGACCCGACCCACGUCAUCCGCUUCCCCCUGAACGGCUACUGCAGACUGAACUCGGUGCAGGUGUUGGAGCGUCUCUUCCAGAAGGGUUUCAGCGUGGCUGCGUCCUGCGGCGGCGGCGUGGACUCGUCUCAGUUCAGCGAGUACGUCGUGUGUCGCGAGGACAGGCGGAGUCAGUCCAUGAACACGCCCAUCAGGAUAAAGCAGGAGCCGCUGGACUAGAGACACGCGCUCAGGCCCUCGGCCCCUCGACACACACACACACACACUCACACACUCUCUCAGCGUUCAUACGGGGAAUGUAAUCAAACCAGAAACCCAAAGAACUCCAGCAGGAUCUGAGCCACGCCCUGUUCUGCCCAAACCACCAAUCAGAGUACGCCCUCACGCAUACGGAAUGCAGGCUCCGCCCCUCUGCUGGUGCAGUGUGUGUCAUUAUCUCAUGAUGAUUGCGGAUUGGUGCUUACAAACAGCGAACGCCAUCAUCAGGGGCCCGGGGAGCAUUUUUUGGGAUUGUUUUUCAUUUCAACCUUGUUGUUUCUAAAGACAUUUUUCACUGCUUGUAUGCGGUUAGCAGUACUAGGCUGGAGUUUGGUGUUUAUUUCUUUUGUUACAUGAAGGAUGAUGGGAGCAGCGUUCUGAAGGCAUUACGUUUGAGAGACUUUCCUGGCAGGAGAACGCCAUUACGCCCUGGAGCAGUCUGGGGUUUAAUGCGUUCGGCUGCUGAAAGUUUCUUUGUUUAAAGGAGCUGCAAGCAAACGUGGCUAUUUCUAAAGCCAGAGUGAGCCAGAACAUUAAGCAUAUCGUUAAACAUUAGAAAUUUUUAUAAGCUCUCUAAUGCUUGAAUCAAAUGGGUUCUGAACUAUACAGAACCCUCACAAAGAGUCGAGUGUGUCAAGAACAAAAUGUAAGGAGCUCGAGGCAAACCAUUGGCAGUGAAGAUGUAUGAUUGUGUCUAUAAUGGUACGUCUGCACUUAAAGGCAUCUCAAGAUCGCGUGAAAAAAAGCCGCACGCAUGUUUAAAGAUUCAGUGGAAAUAGACUCAAGUUGGAGCGCGCUGACAGAAUGAGGGUACUAACUAUGAUGCAUUAAUUUUUAAACCAUCUUUGUGAAUGAAUAAUCACUAUUCAUUAGCCCACUUUAUCAGGUUUAGUUUGAAGUUGUCCAGUUUCUAUUUUGAUGUCAAAAUGUUGUCAGAUGCUGAGUAAACGUCAGAUACGUUGUGAAAAAGGUGUUUCAUCAGAUCACAUUGUGUGUGUGUGUGUGUGUGUGUGUGUGUGUG